AAUUAGAGUUUUGUUUUUAGCGUUCGGGUUCAAAAUUCACGUUGAGGUUACAAGUUCAAAAGUAAAUUGAUGGAGAGGAACAAAGACCAGAAUACGCAAGCCUAUGUUCAGAUUUUGGGGACAGGAAUGGAUACACAAGAAACAUCCCCAUCUGUUCUGCUCUGCUUCGACCACGAAAGAUUCAUAUUUAAUGCUGGAGAGGGAUUACAACGCUUUUGCAUGGAGUAUAAGAUUAAAUUAUCUCAGAUAGACCAUAUAUGUCUUACUCGUGUCUGCUCUGAGACAACAGGUGGACUUCCAGGCUUGUUAUUGACUUUGGCUGGCAUGAAAAACGGAAGUUCUGAGAGUGAUGAUCAUGUUCGUAUAUGGGGUCCUCCAAAUCUAGAUUUGUUGGUUAAUGCAAUGAAGACUUAUGUACCUCAUGCUGUCAUGACGAAGAAAAAUAUCAUUCCACAAAGUGGAUCUGCAUUAGCUUCCCCUUUACAUGCAGAGGAGCUGCGAGAUGUUGAAAAGUUCAAGGCAGUUAGUAUAUCAGUGUUUCUCCUAUCACCGACUCAAUUUAGUUCGAAUGAUACCUCCAUUGUAUAUAUUUGUAAAUUACAUGACAUCAGGGGGAAAGUUGACAUCGUAAAGGCUAAAGCUUAUGGACUCGAAGAUAAGAGAAAGCUUGGACAGUUGCAGAAAGGGAUCAGUGUGAAGUCAGAUCUUCUGGAUAUAGAGGUCCAUCCAGAUGAUGUUAUAGGUCCACCUAUUCCUGGUCCGAUUGUACUGAUUGUCGACUGUCCAACAGAACCUCAUGCACAAGAGUUAUUCUCUGCACAAGCUCUUGAUGUGUACUAUUCAAAUUCCGAAAGCAACUCCACCAACGUUGUGAACUGCAUCAUUCAUUUGAGCCCUGCUACCGUCGUCAAUAGUCCAGUUUAUGAGAAAUGGAUGAGGAAAUUUGAUUCUGCACAACAUAUUAUGGCAAGAGCUACAAGGAAGCAUGAAACAACUCCAAUUCUAGCAUCUAGUGCUAGAAUAGGUACAAGACUGCAUUAUUUGUGUCCUCAGCUUUUUCCAGAUCCUAGUUUUCCUUCUGUUCAUAAUGAUGAUGACGACGUUGCAGCUCCAAAUAUCAAAGUACCGGUGGAGGGUUCAGUUUGUGGCAUAUCUGCUGAAAAUCUCUUAAAGUUCGCCUUACGUCCUCCUAGAAAACUGGGAUUGGACAGAUCAUGUGUUCAAAAUACGAUGACCUCCUCCGUUUUCAUUGAAGAGUUACUUUCAGAGAUUCCUGAGAUUGCUGAUGCAGCUAAGAGCAUAAGCAAAUUUUGGCACAAACCUAAAGAAGAUGAGGUAGAAUUAUCCGACAGGCAGGACAGUAAUGAUGUCGUGACUGAAGAACCUUCGAAAUUCUGUGUCCCUAAGUGUCUCGAGAAUGUACAGAGAGAUGAUCUAGAGAUUGUUUUUCUUGGCACUGGUUCUUCCAUACCUUCAAAAUAUCGAAAUGUCAGCUCUAUCUAUGUUAAUCUUUUCUCUAAAGGAGGUUUACUCCUUGACUGUGGAGAAGGAACUUUGGCACAACUCAAGAGGAGAUAUGGCAUUAGUGGUGCAGACAGUGUAGUUAGAAAUCUUAAAUGCAUUUGGAUUUCCCAUAUCCAUGCUGAUCACCACGCUGGUUUGGCUCGUAUACUUGCUUUAAGACGUGAUUUGUUGAAGGAAGUAGAGAAUGAACCCAUACUGGUUAUUGGGCCAGAGAAGGUUGGAGAGUUUCUUAAGGAGUAUAUAAAAUUAGAAGAUCUAGACAUGUUGUUCCUCGACUGUUGGAGCACUACGCGGUCUAAGUGGGAUAACAUGGAGGCUGAAGACAGUUCUCUGCAGCCCUGUUCGAAAAAAUUGAAGCCAAGCACUCCACUUGAUGACAUAGCAUUGCUAAAGCAUUUAAGGAAAGUUCUCGGUGAAGCAGGGCUAGUGAGACUCAUCAGCUUCCCUGUUGUACACUGUGAUGACGCGUUUGGUGUUAUCUUGGAAUCAGCAGACAGAAUGAAUCGAGGGGAAGUAGUACCGGGUUGGAAGGUUGUGUACUCUGGUGACACGAGGCCAUGCUCAGAAGUUAUAAACGCAUCUCUUGGAGCAACAAUUCUUAUACAUGAGGCUACGUUCGAGGAUGGCCUUGUAGAGGAGGCCAUAGCAAGAAAUCACAGCACAAUCAAGGAAGCUCUAGAAGUGGGAGAUUCUGCUGGUGCAUACCGCGUAAUAUUAACUCACUUCAGCCAAAGAUACCCGAAAGUACCUGCACUUGAUGAAGUGAGUAUGCAAAGAACUUGUAUUGCUUUUGAUCUAAUGAGUGUAAACCUAGCAGAUUUGCCAGUGCUCCCUAAGGUUCUUCCCUACCUCAAAUUGCUUUUCAGAAACAACGGUUAAUUUAAAUUUUAAAGUAUGGUCAGACUGUUCUAUAACAGUCAUCCUAUAUAACAGUCUAGU